AUGGACAACACAAGCUCUUCGUUUCCCUGGACGUCUGCUGCAAACGACAACAACGAAACGUCUGUAUACCGCCAGCUAAUCGAGAAGCUGAAUUACGAACGUAUGCUGUUCCAGCUGCCAGUGGUAGUUACCCUGCUGGUUGUCAUGGUGAUGGGCAUAUUCGGGAACAUUGUUGUCAUCUCCGUGUACAAACAGACCUGUAAAAAACGCAUCUCUUGUUUUUUCAUGAAUCUUCUGGCAGUCGUGGAUCUAACCACGGCAUUGUGCAUCCCCUUCGACAUCCAAGACAUGCUAAAUCCUUACAUGAACCCAGCACCAGUUGCAUGUAAGAUUGGACGAUUCCUGGAAUCCUUUACGGCAGUGCUUUCUGGAAACCUUCUCAUCUGCAUUUCAUUUGACAGGUAUUUUCAUAUAAUCUAUCCUCUCAAAAGGUACUCGCUACAGCAAGCCAAAUCUCUGGCUAUUGUCAUGACUGCUUUAGCAUUGUCUUUAACUUGGCCUCAGCUAUUUCUAGCUGGUACGAAGACUGUGAAAACUUCUAUAGAAGGAGUGCACGGAGAAGACUGCUCAUUUCGAAACGAGGUUCGCGAUUCCAUAUACACUAUGCUAUUUCAAGGUGCACUGGCAUUGUCGUAUGCCAUAGGCUUUGGCGUGUCCGUCAUCUUCUACUGCAGAAUUUACUUUGUUAUUUGGCGAAGACGACGAACUAUUAUUGGAGAACAGGUCAUUUCCCCUAAGAAAAGCUCUAAAAAGUUAAAGUCGUUUCGUCUUCACACUUUUAAGAUGAGCGGCAAAGAGUCAAAGAAAUGUUCAGAAAUAACUGAAAUCUCCUACAUCACCACAUCUGAAAUGGGUGCAACUGAUCUUGAUUCAACAUCGCCGGUGGUACAAAGAGAAACAAGUGUUGAAAAUGACAGAAAUGAAAAAAUCACUACAGGUAAUAACAACCCCGACCGUAAGUCAUCCUGUUUGUCUGCAAGAUCCACUGUGAGACUGGACAAAGUUAAAGUUAAGACUAGCCAGAAAACCAAAUCAACGACUCGGUUCACUCGCAUUAUGACAAUCGUUACCAUCUCCUCCAUUCUAGCGUUUACGCCGUAUCUAUUGGUGAAUAUAUUUCACAACAUGGGAAUGUUUUUCUACCACGGCAUGAGUAAGACGGCUGACAUUGUGUAUGAAUUCAGUACGAAAUCGUUUUACUUGAAUUCGUUUGUGAACCCCAUUAUUUACAGCGUUAUGAAUCCUACUUUUAGGAGGGAUGCCAUACACAUUAUCAGGAAAAUGUGUAAGAUGUGUCGCUUAAAACGAUGUUAG